GACAAAGAAAACCACCACGAAGCAGCCGAACAGUCAAACUGGUAUAAAUGCUUUCAAAGAAAGUAUAAUGCUAAAGAAAUCGGACAUCCAAACUACCAAGCGACAACUGGCAGUGGAAAUGGUUAAGAGCCAAAAACUUCGAGAUCUUCUUCAUCAAGACGAGGAACUUCUAAAACAGUUAGACGAGGACAGAAAACGCGUACAUGAACAGAAAAAUAGGAGGAAACGGCAAAUCGACGAUGCGAUGAAAAGGGUUGACAACUUGGAAGAAAUAGCACAACGGAAGAGGGGCAAGCUUUUAGAAGAAAAAGAAAUACUUUUUCUUUUAUUUGAUUUUUGA